AUGACCUUGAACAAUUGGACGAUUACGACUUUAUGUCGAUAUCGUUUGCCAAAAGAGAGUUUAAGAAACAUAUUAGAACGAAUUAGGCAUAAUUUAAUAUCUACAUCGAAAAAUUAUGCAAUGUCGCCAUUAGAACAACUGUUGUUGGCUCUACGUUUUUAUGCCACGGGAACAUUUCAGUUGGUCGUAGGCGAUUUAAAUGAUUUAAGUCAAUCAUCUGCUUGUAGAGCGAUUAAUAGAGUGAGUUUUUUAAUUGUGCAAAUCUUAGCAGAUUAUAUUCAACAGCCUAAAACAGAAUCUGAAAGAAAGCAACAUGUGUAUGGAGCCAUUGACUGCGCCCACAUUCCAAUUCAGUCACAGGGAAGAGAAACUGCUGAAUUAUUUUGA